AUGAAUGAACCAUACAGCCCACCCGCUCCCCCAGCUGGGAAUACCAUGCCUGCGGCCACCAUGAAAAUCAUUAUGUUUUUACUUACUCUUUUUGUUGUUGCUCAGAUAAUUGGGACGGCGGUUUUUGGUGUCUACCUUCAUAGGAGGCUGGAUGAGGUGAAAAAGGAGAUGCAUCCAGAAGACAGUGAUCUGUUCAUGAGGAUGCUACAGAAAUGCAGCCAGAAAGACUCCCCCAUGUACCUGAAAUGCCAGGAAUAUCUACCCAAGUUUCAGAAACAACUUAAGCCUGAGGAGAGCCCCACAAAGGAGAUGUUUGAGAGGCAAAAAGGAGAUCAGAAGCAGCUCCCAAUUGCAGCUCAUCUGACAAGUAACACCAACAGUAAAUCAACAGCUGUUCUCCAAUGGGCCAAAAAAGGAUAUUACACCGCAAGCGACUCCUUAUCCUAUAGUGAUGGGAAACUAACGGUCCAAAGCUCGGGAUUUUACUAUAUCUAUUCCCAAGUCACCUUUUGUUCCACCCGAGAAGCUUCUGGUCAGGCGCCAUUUAUAGCCAGCCUUUGUCUGAAAUCAAGUGGAUCAGAGAGAGUCCUCCUCCGAGCAGCAAAUCCCUACACGCCCUCCAAGCCUUGUAGGCAUCAGUCAAUUCGCUUGGGAGGAACAUUUGACCUUCAACAAGGUGCUUCAGUGUUUGUCAAUGUGACCGAUCCCACCCAAGUGAGUCACGGGACAGGAUUCACAUAUUUCGGUUUAUUUAAAUUGUGA